GCCGGCCUGCUAGGAGACUUUGCGUUAGUAAGGAGGCAAUGGAGAUGCUGCUGAAGCUCACGCGAGGCAGCACCACUUCCAAGGAACCAAGCAAAUGUCAACGAAGCUUGGAGCACGCAGAACUGGCUAACGCGACCCUAGAAACACGCAGGCAGAAGCAGGAGGCGGAGUGCACGCAGCUACGGCAGACCCUGCAGGAAAUCGACGAAGUGCUCCACCAAGGCGUCUACGAGGGACAUCUUCCAGAGUUUCCUAGCUGUAGCUCAAUCUCAUCAAGUACUGUGGAGACAAGCAGUGUCAUAUCAGAGGAGUAUUUAAACCCCAAGCCUUUCUUCCAUAGGCUGAAAAAGCAUCUAAAAUACACAGUAAAGAAAAAGAGGAAAUCCUACCAGGAGAGGCUUCAGAACCUUGAACUGAAGCGGGAGUCCUUGGAAAUGUCACUGGAGAAGCGGGAACUCGAGAUCAAAGAACUGAAGAACGAGUUGGAGAAGAAGACUCAAGUUCUAAAAAGAGCCACUCUGGAGAGGAAAGAACAAAAAACAAAGAGCUGGGUACCGGUCAAUAACUCAGACAACUGGAAGAUCUUCGAGUUUUGGAAGAUGAAGACCUCAGAGACCUCUCAAGAGUCUGAGGAAGUAGAAAUGAAUGUUUUGUGCAAAAGAAAUAUUAAUGAAGCAGAAGACUGCUGUUCUGGUGCCAUGGAGUGGUCUGAAGGAAGAGAAGAGAACUACCUUAAUAAAGGACUUAGGGACACCUUAAAGAUGAACACUGGAAGAAAAUACAUACAUGGGGAUUCCUCAAAGGUUGAAGUGUGCAGUGCAAAGAACUGGGAAACGUUAGAAUUUUGGAAGUUGAAGACUGCCAGUCGUUUGGAUGAUUUUAAGAAAGACGGAGAAAGACAAACAUGCAACUCUCUUCGUGCUCCAAAAAAAAUGAAUAAACAACGAAACAUCCCUAUGGAUGCAGCAGAAAUGGGUACACAAAGUGAAAAACGGUUUACAGAUAAUGACUUCACAGUUAGUAGAAAAGUAUUAUCUAUGUUUGACAACUCUGAUCUAGCUAGUGGAAAGGAAAGCUCUCAGUCAGCUAGAGAACGAGAAUGCAGUUCAUUGAGCACCACACAAUCAGUUAACCUAAGAGAAGUAAGUUUGCUGUGGCCCUCAGAAGAUACAAUGGAAGAAAAACGCAACGUCUCAGAUAGCUCUGUAUUAUCUAUAAAUGGGAAAAACAGCCCUUCAGAGAUCAAUGAGAUAAUUAAUAGAGCAGAAUCCAUCCACCUGAACACCUCAGAGGUAGGUAGUAUAGAAGAUUACAAUCGUUCAGAUAGCUUUGAUCUGGACAAAUUAGGGGAAGAAGAAUACUACCAACAUGUGGAUGCUACCAGCAUAAUUAACACAAAAGAAUUUACUUCCUUGGAUCCUUAUUUGGUGGCUACAAAAAAAGAAAGAAAAACAUGGACAUCAGAUAUCAAAAGUGUAACUGACAUCAAAAUUGUUAAGAUGGCUAAUAAAGGAAACUGCACUCCUCCCGACACCCCUAAACAAAAUAACAGGAUAGAACUGGCCUCUUUAAAAACCUUGGAUGUCCAUCCUAUAGAUUCCGGUGACAUUGUUGCUGCGGGAGAAGGCAAUUCGAAAGACACUACCAAGAAAAUCAGUAGUGUAAAAAUCACCUCAUUUGCAAAUAGUGCUUCAGACAAUUCUGAGGAGGCUUUUAGAGGAGAAAGCUGUGGUACUCAAGAUACUGCCAUAGCAGAUAGGAGAAAACAAAUAACUGCUUUUGAUGUGCCUGAGUUAGUUAAUGGAGAUCACCCCACAAUCUUGAAUACAUCUGAAGAACAUAGAGAAGAAUGCAGCUUCACAGACACCGCUACCCCAUUGGAUGAUUCUGAAGUGGUUAGAUAUGGAGAAACAGGUCAACAUAACUCAAAUAAUUUAGUUAGAAAAUUGGAAUUUUCCCCUUCAGAAUGUUCUGGAGUAGCUUAUAAAGAAGAACAUGAAUCCUUCAGUACCGCUGAGAUGGAAACAUUUGGAGAAAGUCAUUUACUCAACAGUAGGGAUAUAAUUAAUACAGAUGAAUUAAGCUUUUUGGAUGACUCUGCCAUAGUUAGAAAUGGCAGCACCUUGGAUACAAGUGAAAUGUUUAACAGUCCAGAGAACUGCAGUAAGAUAAUUCAUGAUACACACGUUUCCAUUUUAGAUGCCCCUGAAGAAAUUAGUGAGGAACAAUGUAGUUUAUAUUAUUCUUCUGUGAAGACUAGAGAAGAAGAAAAAGAAGAAGACAGUCCACAAGACUCUCCGAAGAUGAUUAACAAAAAAGACAUUAGAAAAGAGUACAAUGUCUUGGACACAACAGUCUUGAUAGAUGCAAAACAAAAAGUUGUUGACAACAAUUUGCUGCACUCUUCCUUAGAUACAUUUGACGUUGUUCAUGCGAAAGACAGCACCGUACAGAUAUCCAUGAUGGUGAAUGAAGAGCACAGAUCCUUGCACAACAUCAAGGGAGUUAAUGGUGAGGAAUCCAACCAUUUGGUCACCAAAUUAACACAUGAAGGAGAAAAGAGUAACUGGCAAAUUGUCUUGGACAUGGCCAAUGGAGGUGAACGCAGGUUUGUGAAUAUCUCUAAAGUAAAUGAAAGAGAUUGCUGCAGCCUUAUGGGCAGUGUAAAUAUUGCUAAUGAAGGCAAUGACAGUUCAUUGGAUGCAGGAAAUGACUGUAGUCCUUCAUCUACUGCAAAGAUAACAGCAGGAAGUGAGUGUAAUGCCUUGUUUAAUUCCAGCACCAUCCUUGAAAAUGAAUGUAACCACUUUGAGACUGUAACUGAUAAUAGUGGAGAAAAGGAAUGCAGUUUGGGUAGUGAAGGAGAAUGCCAUCUACUGGAAAACCUAGAAAUCAGUGAAGCACCGUGCACCUCCUUUGAAACAUCUGAGCUGUUUGGCUCAUUGGACCUGGUAUUGGGUAGCAGAGCUAAAUCUUGCCUUUUGGAUAACUCAGAGGCAAUUUCAGAGAACAAAUGUACUUCUCUGAGCACCGAAAAGGAAACGAGCAUCUCCAGCUGGCUUAGCACAGGAACACAUGACUGCAAUGCCCAAAAUAUUUCUGAGGCAACUAUCAAAGAGAAAUGCUGGUCCCGUGAAAGCACCUUUUUACCCGCUGAUGACUGCUGCCUAUUUCACAUGCACAGCUUAGUUAAUGGAGUAGACUGUAUUCACUUGAGUAAAAAUAAUGCUGGUGAUGAGGAACACACCAAUCGUAAUACAUUUAAAGUCGGUAUGAAAGACCAAAGUAGCAAAACAGACACUUCUGAGGUAGCAACUGGAGGAAAGAUUUGCCCCUUGAAUAUUUCUCGGAUGAUUGAAGCAGAUAAAUGCCUCCUGCUAAUUAACCCAAAGAUGACUGUUUCAAACAAAAGUAACAUUUUGAGCACAUUUAACAUAGUUAGUGAUUUUGACUGCAAACACAUUCAUACCCCUGAGGUGAUUAGUGGACAGAAAUGCCACCCUUUGUGCAACUUUAAUGUGGUGAUUGAAAAUAAAAGUAACCAUUUGUACACCUGCAAUCAGUUUGCUAUAGGACAGUGUAGUUUAGAAAAUGAAGGUAUGUGUGAGCAUGCGGAUCAGCAGAAGUUGGUUAGCAGAGAUGAAUGCGACUGCUCGGGUUGCCCAAAGAUUAUUAACUCAGUUGAUACUUCUAAUGUUCUUAAGGGAAGUGAAACAAACCCCUUGGAUAUGUCUAAGAUGGAAUGUGGAAGUAAGAGCAGACAGUUUGAUGUGAUAAAUGGAGACGAACACAGCAUUUCCAGUACCUCUGAAAUAUGUAUAAAAAAUAAAUCAACCUCUUUAUACAACUCAAAAGUUAGAAGUAGUGAUAGCUCCUGUUCAUCUGACGUGAUUACAAUAGGGGAAUUACACUGCAUGAGCCCAUCGGACAUGAUUCUUAUAGAAGACAGCAGCCCUAGUAAUGUCUCUGAUACAGCCAGUGUCAUUGACUGUAGUCCCACUGAGGUUCCAGACAUGAUCACUGAAGAAUACAGUAAUUGUGACACAUCAGAGGUGUCUGUAAGAGAAGAUGUCCACUUAAACUCAUCAGACGUAGUUAGUAAGUGGCAAUGGUGGUCUCUGUAUACCCCUGAUAUGGUUAACAGAGGAAACAAUAACUCUUCAUGUACUUCCAAAAUUCCUAGACUAUCCAGUUCAAACAUGUCUUACAAAGAAAUGUCCAAGUCAGCAUCAUCAAAGGAGGAAAGUCCUCCUGAGGUGGUUAACAAAGUAGAAAUUAUCCCCCUGGAUUCUCCUGAGGUGGUAAACGAAGUAGAAAUUAUCCCCCUGGAUUCUCCUGAGGUGGCAAACGAAGUAGAAGUUAUCCCCCUGGAUUCUCCUGAGGUGGUAAACGAAGUAGAAGUUAUCCCUCAGGAAUCCACUGAAUUAACACACAGAACAGAAUAUAUUUCCUCUGAGAGUGACGAUGUUGAGAUUAUUGAGGACAGUCCAUCCAAUGACAACAUGGUAGAUCCCAUUGAAAUCAGCUCUUCUGAGUCUGGCGGGAUAGAUCUUAUAGAAAUUAACUCUUCUGAUUCUGAGAUAGCGGAGGUUAUAGAAUGUAGCUCUUCAGAGUCUGAAGUGAUAGAGAUCACAAAAGGCAGACCCUUUGACAAUAAGAUGGUUACAUUUUCUCCAGCAAGGGAAAUGGAAAAGACAAUCAAAGUCAACACAUCAGUGUGCACUGAGAGAGGUCAUAAAGGAGAUGAACAUGGAGAAGAGACAUUUUUUACUGCUUCUCCAGAGUUGAAGCAGUCUUUGUUAUUUUGGAGUGAACAAUGAAAUAUUUGAUCUUUGUAUUUAUAACAAUGUAAGUUUGCUUUGUCUUUUUACAAACAAGCACUGAAAUAGUGCUCACUUUUUAAGAUUCAAGAUUUUUUGAGUUAAUAAUAAAAUAUAUUAUUUUCUGUAUAAAAUGAGCGGCCACUGCACUAGACAGACCUGUCUUUCCCAUGUUAUUAAGAACUCUGUGAAGUCCAUGUCACAUUAGGCGGCUUUUCCAGUGAUUUCUAGUCGUAGCCUUCACUUACAUAACCUUAGCAAGUUUAGAGGCAGCUGGUGGCACGCUCCCAUGAAAUCUGUCACCAAAUGUGACAUAACCAGUGAUUCACUCCAGCUGGUCCUUGACUGACAUUGACAUGUCUGAUUUUGUUUUUAGUCAUAGGGGCGGACUCUGUGUGCAUGAGACCUGACAACCAAUGAAUGUGCAACCAGAAGUACAAUGCAUAGAAUGCAGUGACAAGGAAUAAGGAGCCAUGGGUGUUUUGGACCUCACAAACAGAAGAGACAUUCAUCUGUCUGGUGUCUCGUGUUUUAUGUACCAUGAGAAAAUGGAAAAGUGAAAAAAGGGAAGAAAUUGCAUCUGAGACUCCAUUGUGAGAGCUGGUGCAGGUGUGUGUGCUAUCGUAGGAGCGGUGAUCCGCCGUGACCCACUCACAACCCACUACCAAUUUUAACAAUAGCAACUUGUGACACAUCCCGGCGGGAGACCACAUCCUAAAAGUGGGGGGCAUCUCAGUGGUUGAGAAAUGCUGUGUUAAACCAUUAGGCAGCAUACAAUUGGAUGUCAGAAAAAGGGCCAAGCAACACCCCCAAAAGGUCAGCACUCAAGUCGGUAAAUGUGACAUGGGCAGCGAUUUUCAGUCAUUUAUAUUAACAUCAACCAGUAACAAGAUUCUAUCCAGUAACUCUGACUAGCAAAUUUGAUGUACCCAAACCAUAGCAGUUGCAUACUGUGACACUGGCGUUUGUGACAGUGUCGUGUGUGCAGACGGUGCUGUUUAAAGCAGUUGGGUAAGUAGGUACCAGAGGACUGUGUGUGUGCAGUUUACAAAGGGACAGAGCAGAAGGGGUAGUGGAAAACAGGCAGAUCUAUAUGUCAAAAACUCCAUGUCUGUGAUCGAGAAAUUCUUAGCUAUUUGCCAACAAUCUAAGAUUAAAACUGAUUUUCACUAAUGGAGUAAUCUCAUGGCCCUGAGUCCCUGAAAAAGUCAUCCUUGCUGAAAAGUUAACUAAAUUGUGAGAAAAAACCCUGAGAAAUCCCACAGUCAGCAGUUUACAGUGGUUGCAGAAUAGCACAGAUGGUUGGACUGAAAGUCAGUGGCAUCAUGAUUUGAGUCUUACGUGUGUG